AUGUAUCUCAAGAGUACAGAAGAAGAGACUCUGCGAAGAAUCAUCAAAGAUGUAAAUGCUCGAAAUAUAGGCAAUUUGGAGGAAGUAGAAGAAGAGAUGGUAAAGCAGCUGCAUGAAUUCUUGAGAGGGAGAAAGUACCUUGUGGUUCUUGAUGAUGUAUGGGAAAAGGAGGUUUGGGAUAGUUUGGAAGCUGCAUUUCCUACUAGUGGAAUGACAGAAGACGAAAGCCUAGAAUUGUUUUGCAAGAAAUCACUCCUGGGAAUGGAUUAUUUUCCCUCCGACUCGGAGAAUCUAGGAAGAGAGAUGGUGACGAAAUGCGGCGAUCUCCCCUUGCAAGUGGUGGUGCUUGGAGGAUUACCAUCCAGGAAAAUCAAGACUAGAGAGGAGUGGGAACAUGUCAUCAAAACAUCAGUUGGCACCUGA